AUCAACAGCACCAAAACAGCUCGUCCACAAUUUUGACAGCUCAGCAUUUUGCCAAAGAUGAAAUUCGUGAUAUUUUUGUUCGGGUCGAUUUUCAUCGUCGCCAGUCACCAGUAUUUCCAAGACCAGCCAAGAGAAAUGCCUUAUUGGAUGAUGGGGCCGUACUCACCUCGCCCCAUCAUUAACAAAUACCGCCAACCGUUGGUUCUUUACUACUCAAAACCAAGAAUCACGCCGGAAAUCUACUCGUCGCAAGAUGAAAAUAUUUAUCGUGAUUUGAUUGCAUCGACCAACGAUGAGCAAAUCACGGACACACAGCAAGUUUUCCCAGACACCGAGUCAAGGUUCAAAAUUUCAAGCUGGACGAAUCCGUCAUCUUCGAAAGGAGACUGGAAUGAGCAACAGAACGCCCGUUUUUUGUACAAUUUAUUCGCCAGCAAUGGGACGUACACCAAUCCUUUUUUCAAAACGGCUACGUUCACCGUGACGUCAUCCGUGUCGCUCACAAGUUACGUGACUUGUGUUCCGUCACUUCAAUUGACGAACGGUGCGGCUGCAGUAGCUUGCCGCCGCAAGAGAAGUGAAGGCGAUAUUCCUGCUGAUGCCAGCAUGCCUACCUUUUUUAAAAACAACAAUCAAUCCUGGAUUGUUCCUUCAACACCCGAAAAAUUGAUUCCAACGGCUGUUUUGCCAUUACCGAACUACGAACAACUUUCUUCAUCAAAAGACGACGAAGAGUUAACCUUCAGUGCCAUGUCGACAAUGGGGCAGCAUCAGUCUCCAAGGGAGAAACGAUUUCUGUUCGCCAAUAAGGAUCAGUUUAUCGUCAAAUCGACUAUUACCACAUUUUCGAUUUAUAACGCAGUUUCUACAGUCACGCGUAAUCUAAUAAAUCCACCACCCGCCGCUCAAUGUGUAGGGACCCGUCCAACACUAGCAGGAGAAAUUGCAUGCGUUGUUUGUUUACCAUCUGGCUAUGUUGUUUGCCCUGCCACUGGAUAA